UAACUUUCAUUAGUAAAAAAAUACCGGUGGUGGUGAGAGGAAAGAACAAGGUCUGGAUAUAUAUAUUGAUUCAACUGAAAGAAUGGAAGGGAACAAUCCUGAAUCGACAGGAGUAGACUAUGUACAUGAUGAGUCCGAGGCUGCCCCAACUGUAUCACCAGAAGACCAAAAUAUGUUACCCGAUAACAACAGCAAAGAUAGAACAGACUCUAAAGACUUUCUGGUUCCAAAAGUAAAGGCUGAAGACCAUUCUAUAAGUGACACCAGUUUACCAGGAGAUAAUUCACUGUCCACGUCCCCGAACUCACAAGAGCCAUUGCCUGUAUCAAAAGUUGCUUCUUUACGGGACCAGCUGUCACUUUUGCCUGAAAGCCCAAGUCGACGUAAAGAACCAAUAAAUGUACAGAUUCGUGAUAUUAAUCCUUAUAUUACAUGUGGUCUAUGUGGAGGGUAUCUAUAUGAAGCAUCAACUAUCACAGAAUGCAUGCAUUCAUUUUGUAAGACUUGUAUUGUACGACACACGGAACGACACCUGAACUGUCCAACAUGUGACGCAGCUAUACACCCCACAGAUCCUUUUGUCCAUAUAAGAAAUGACAGUACAAUUCAAGAUAUUGUGUACAGACUAUUACCACACAUUGCUGAAGAGGAACAACGGAGAGAGAAAGUAUUCUAUGAAGAGCACGAAAAAGCAACAGGAGUGCAAAUAACACCUAAGCUGACCCUGCCCCCACCACCUCCACGGACACCACCCCCUAACUCCAUACCUCCAAUGCCUGUGAAACCCCCAAAGAGGACAGAGUCUCACAAACAACGUAACCUAGGAAACUUUAAGUCACACAGUGUGUCACUCUUCCUUGAAUACAUUGGGGAUCUGGACGAGUUUGGUGAUCAGCUUACUUUAGCAAAAAAUUUUCUGAGAGUGACUGGCAAAGCCACAAUUGGAAACCUGAUCAGCUUUAUAAGGAAGAAACUUUAUCUAACAACACACUGUAAUGUUGACAUUUUCUUAACACACAAUUCAGACACAACUUUGAUGACAACGGAUAACAAACUUCAAAAUAUAAGAGAAGAAUAUUACCAAGGACAGGAUUGUAUAGUUGAACUACAGUACAGAGUAAGUACCAAUCUGGAUGACUGAGGAAAAAUGGCUUUUACUUGUGGAAGUUUUAUAACUGUGUCUGGAAGUACUAUUGUUAUAGAAUUUAUUAUCAAAGCAAGAUCUGGUCAUUCGUAAGAGAUGCUUUACGUACACAAUUACAUUGUAUUUCUUAAUAAACCUG